AUGUUUAGAUCCAGUUUAUCAUUCCUGCGUACUAGUCGUAGUUACAUUACGCCUACAUUAGAACAUCUAAACUCCGGAUCUGGUCUAAAAGGACUUUUUUCACCUCAAGGUCUGGAUAACGGAUGGUUCUCUAGAGCUGAACAUUAUACCAAUAAAUUAAACUCAUUGACAAAUGGGAUCGAAGAAAUACCAUUGGAAAAAUUGAUAUAUGAAAACGCAAAAUCUGGCGUUAAACGUAAUAUUGUGAAUUAUGCGACAUUGUUGUACAAUUUGAAGUUUGCAUUUUCCACUUUACACGGUUGUCCUAAGGAAUUACCCAAUGCAUCCGAUAUCGACGUCAAAGAACUUUUAAAGACACCAGAGUUAACUUUAAAAUAUGCAAAUGAACCCCUAGAUACCGGAAAAGAAAAAUUACACUCAGCGCUCGUAUCAUCAUUCGGAUCCAUUGUGGAAUUCCGUACUUUACUCCUAAAUUCUAAUAAUGCAAUUAGUGGUGAUGGAUUUACGUGGCUUGUAGCCCGUAGAGUUGCUUCUCAGGACUUUGAUUCACAGAAAUUGGAAUUUGAUCGUUUGUUCAUUUUGAACACUUACAAUGCAGGGUCUCCAUUUAAUUUUAACAAAAAGGGACAUAUGGAUGAAUUAAAGAAUCAAUAUGAAAAGGCGAGUAAGGAAUUGGAUCAGGAGCAACAGGAGUUCAAUGCACCACUAAGAAGUAAAUCCGUUGAGGAAGCCAGACAGAUGGAGUCAUUUAAAGAUACUGAAUAUUUACCACUGUUGGCAAUUGAUGCGUCACCAAAGGCUUGGUUGUACGAUUAUGGUCCAUAUGGUAAACAAAUGUAUCUGGAUAGAGUCUGGGAAUCCAUUGAAUGGGACCUUGUGGAAUCGAGGUUACCAGAGAAAAGUCAAUCUCAUCAAUUGCUAUGA